ACCCGGCCCAGGAGCUACGCUUUUAGGCUGGCCUAAAUCUAUAUAUUGUUUCUGAUUUUACUAGUCUGUCGAUAAAGGUAAAUAGAGUAUGCGAGGUUUCAAAAUAACUAUUUUUGGAAUGAUAACAGUUUCAUUAGACGUCUGUCGGAAUUAUGAACGUUUUUGUUUUUACUGCGAUUUGACUGCGUUUGAACAACACUCUUUCGGACAUUGGGUAACUUUUUUCGGGCAAUGAGGUCACCGCUCCUACCCCCAAGUCCGAAGGUGUCCGUAUUUGUGUGUGUAUUUGUGUGGGGCUAAAUAGUUUAAAGCUGCUCUUCAAUAAUGUUGCGCAUGCCUUUAUAGUGGUCUCUUCAAACUAGUUUUUGUAGGGCUUUUAUUCUGUUUCAUGUUCUCAGGCCAGCUUAGGAGCAAAACAGAGGAAUGACACGUUAAUAAAGUUCUUAUGUUUAUUAUUAUCUUAUCCUCUCAGCUAGGAAUCAUAGCGGGAGUGACUGUUUCCGCGGCAUUUGCGUUGUUACUAGUUGCUGUAGUUUUUAUCUGUCGACGUCGCAGAUCAAGAAAGAACACUCAUACAAGUACCUCUGAUCAAACCAACCAGGAUACAUGUACAGUGUCAAGGAAUGCGAAGACGAACUCAGAGUUGGAGCUGGAGGAAAAUGACGGUUACGAAACCUGCGAGGAGCCAUUAACAUCAAUUAAUGCUUCUAGGUAUGGAGUACCUCAGCAGCAGGUUUUACAAAGACCAUUAUGCAACCAAAAGACCAUCUCGUCAGAGGGAAACUCUCAUUCAGACGGUGCAUACGCUGAGGUUGAUAUCCCAGAGGGACACCAUAUCUGUGGGCAUGGAAACGUACAGGAACCAGUUUACAACGUUCUCCAAGAUCCUAAAAUAAUGUUCCAAAAUUAUGGCUCUGGUAUAGACCAACCUUUGUAUUAUACCUUGGAGGGCCUAUCAGUUAAGGACUCAGGCGAGUCUGUUAAUAAUGGCCCUAGUGAUCCAGAACCAGUGCACAACGUCCUCGAAGACCCUGAAGUAAUGUUCCAAAAUUAUGGCUCUGGUAUCGACCAACCUAUGUACUAUGCUUUGGAGGACCUAUCAGUUAAGGACUCAGAGGAGUUUGUUAAUAAUGGCCCUACUGAACCACAACCAGUCUACAACGUUCUGGACGAACCUUACACAAAAGGCGCAGAAGAACCUGCGUGUCAUGGCAAUGCAACUGUUGAAGGUCCAGUUCACAACACCCUGGAGGAACCUAAUCAUUAUGCUGGUUAUUCAUGCAAAAAUGAGCCAGUUUAUAAAGUCCUCGAGGCGUCUGGUCUUAUUGGUGCCAAAACGACUGAUGGUUAUAACCCAGCAAGUUUUCAAGACCCAGAAUAUAACGUUCUAGAAGGCCCAGAGCCAGAUGAAUCAAGUGACGAUGGCUAGCUUGUAUUGAAACAGCUCUGGGAUUCAAGUAGCUAAUACUAAAAGAACAUGACACGAGAGAGAAUUCUUAACAUUUUAAUUUACUUAAAAAAAUAGUACAACUUUCAUCUAUGUUGUGCAAUGACUUAAGUCAAAAGAACUAUACUACAAUAUACUGCCAUCAUGGAUAGAUAAUCUUUAUUUAUCCACGGUACAAACUUCGUCAACUUUAAAAAAUACCUAAUACUAAUAUAAUGAAAAACAUUUAAAUAAAAAGCUGCUCUCCACGAAUGCCGUGCCUUACAGUUCUUCUUUGAGUAGUCGUUUGAAUUGCCCAAGGGACUCUGCUUCCCUUAAGUUACAAGGAAGACUGUUCCAAAGAAUUUCGCCACUACGGCUGAAGCUAUUUUUUGUAAUAGUUUGUGAGCGGUAAUGGAACAUUGAGUUUAUUCUCAGAGUCCCUUAGGUUAUACUGCCAUCGUAUUCAUUAUAAAACACUAAAGAGGUAAUAGUAAACAGCUGAAGAGUCUAGGGUGGGUCUAUAUUGAAAAACAAUCCUAGGCUUAUUGCAAACAAUGAAUGUAUAGAUACUGUACAUGUGCAUAGUUAAAUAUUUCAGGAUGCAUGUGCCAUUACUAAACAUAGGGAACCUGAAGAACGCUUUGAUUUCGGUGUGCAGUCAACUCUUUCUUAAUGGACACCUUUAUAAGACAGACACCUGGUGACGUUCCCGUCAUUUCUCAGUCAUUUUAAUGUAACAAAAUUGUCUAUAAAACGGACAUAUCUCGAAGGCAGAAAACGCGCACUUUGAAACCUCAACGGACUCUUCAGAAGUGCUUUAAAAGAGAAAAAUUAUUCAAAACGGAAAUGUAGAUGCUGAAUGUUACAGCAAAUUAUGAUUUUAUACGUAAUACGUAUUUAUAAAUCAAAGAUCAAUUUAUGAACCAAAAAAUAAAACUGAUUAACUAUAGUAUCAUGCCAAGAGAAAGGGAAACAAACGUAAGAUAGGUAACAUUUUACUCCUGUUGUGAUAUGAGAAACGAAACCGUUUUAAUGAAACUGUACUUAUUUUCAGUCAGCCGAGGUACGUAUAAAAUUAACGAGUUUCGUUCCAUUGAACUAAAAUGUCUCUUGCUGUGAGAUGAUUUAGCUCUGGGUGUACUGUUACAAUUAAGUGCAUGUAUUUUGUUCCUCUGCAUAUCGGCAGGAAGGAAUUGAAUUUUAACCAGUAUAAGUUUCUUUGAAGGGUCAAUUCUAUUCUAAAUAUUGCGAUUUCACAAACCAAAUGACAGAAAUAAAAUAUCCUUUAUGAAAUGUUAUGUGUGCUCAGUUUUUGUUGGGCUGCAGCCAAAACUUAAGCCGGAUCACGUUCCUUGGAAAAUGAAAACCUUUAAUUUUGGAAUAUUUGUUGACAUAACAUUCACACUUGAAAGAUUGAAAACGAUGACUCACUCACUCUCUUCACAGAAACGGAAAUUUUCCCGGAAAACGCCCUCCAACAUAGAGACUUUUUAAAAGACCCUUGAAAAUGUCGUCAUUCCAUUUGAACAGCGAAAUCAGACUUUUUAGAAAAGUUUAUUUUCCCAUCCCUUUGACUGAUCCCGAAAGAAAGAUAAAAGUAAGCGGAG